AGUGAGUGAGUGAGUGAGUGAGUGAGUGAGUGAGUGAGUGGAGUGUGUGUAGUGUACUGGUACAGGGAGGAGGGGGGCAGACGUUGAAUGCAGUGGACCAGAGAAGCAGCCUAGAGCCGAUCUGAUACAAUCCACCAUGCAUCGAUAUCCUGGCGCCAGGUCCCAGGAAGAGAGACGAGUUACUGACUCGGAGAAGAGCCGCUGCGUAGCGGUUUUUCGAGAAUGCGAUUUGGGACAGAAGGGCUAUCUGACCAGGGAGGACCUUAAGAUUGCUGUGGUGAUGAUGUUUGGAUACAAACCUUCAAAGGUGGAGACAGACAUACUGCUGGCUUCAGUGCAGGAGAAACAUUUACCAGGCUUACCCCUGGACCAGUUCACAAGCCUCAUGUGCAGAAAGCUGGCAGCUCUGGACCGCUAUGAAGAGGCGAGGCAGAUCUUCUCUGCAUUUGAUGUACACUGUCGAAAUUUUCUGACAGUGGAGGAUUUUAAGAGAGCGUUUGCAAAAGUCACCCCCCAUCUGCCUGACCAAACCGUGCUUGAAGCCUUCAGGGAAGUGGACCGGGAUUCGGAUGGUCGUGUCAGCUUCAGGGACUUUGAGGCUGUGAUGGACUACCAGUAGGAAACUAAUAAAGCCAGUGUGACAAGAAGGACUUCAUCCCUCAGUGGUGUCUGUAAUUCAUAUUCCAUGACUUUGUGGGGGUGAUUUCCCCAUCUGCUCUUUCCUGGAGGGAUACCACUUACAGCCAGCCUGUCCGAGGAAAUCGCAGCUAUGUAGCGCAAAUUGAGUACAAUCAGCAUGUGGUCUAUAGACCAUACAACCAUAAGACACAGGAGCAGAAUUAAGCAUUUCAGUCCACUGAGCCUGCUGUGCCAUUCAAUCAUUUCCCUUUCAAUCCCACUCUCCUGCCUCCUCCCCAUAACUUUGACGCCCUUACUAAUCAAGAACCUAUCAAUCUCCACUUUACAAAUACCAAAUGGCUUGACCUCCACAACCUGUGGGAAUAAAUUUUGCAGAUUCACCACCCUCUAGCUAAAGAAAUUCCUCCGUACCUCUGUUCUAAAGGGUUGUCCUUGUAUUCUGAGGUGGUACCCUCUUGUCUUAGACUGUCCAGUUAUUGACAACAUCCUCUCCGGAUACUGUACACAAUAUCCAGGCUUUUCUAUAUCCAGUAGGCUUCAUUGAGAUCCCACUCAUUUGUAUCCCUGAAGGUUCUCCAAUCUAACAUAAUAUCAUCCUAUUUCUUGCUUCUACUUUUAUUUCUGUUUUUUUCAUGUUUUUCUCUUUCUACUGCAUUCUAUUAAGGGUUGGUGGAGGCUUUCCUUAUUAACUCCACACUUGAUGAUUGCACUCCUCUGCAAGUGCUGCUGCCUGACAGAUUAAAGAACAGUUUUGAUGGAGGAUGCGGAAUUGGUUCCUGGAUGCAUCAUCUUUUGUCUCAGAAGACAGCCCUCCCUUCAGCCUAGUGUAUUCACCACAUCACGGCCAAGUUAGGCCGCUCCUCUCUCUGACAACCUGCCCUUCCCGACAACCUUCACAUUGCCCUGGGCCAGGGUCCCCCCGCACACCCAACCUCGGUCUUGGGUCUGUUUCCUACUGAUGGCCUCUUCCACCUUACAGAUACAUGAAACCAGGGGAGUCAAUGGCCAGACCAGGAGAAUAUUUAGCGACUUGGCCAGUGUUAUCAAAGCCAGUUACCUGGUGUCUAUCCCAUUGGUGUUUGUGGGAUCUUGCUAUGCUGAAAGAACUAUGUUAAUCAGAAUCAGCAUUAGUAACCCUGAAAUAUGUGGUGAAAUUUGUUGUUUUGUGGCAUCAGAACAGUGUGAUACAUUUAAAAACAUGUCCUUUGAUGCCCUGACUGAUCAGGAAAUCUCCCCUCCUCCCAUUCUCUCCCUCCUCCAUUUGAAAACAGUAACACUUUGUUCUAUAUCACCUCACAUCUCUCUGGCCGGCUGUCUCCCAGUCCUUAGUUUCUCUGUCUGUCACCGACUAUUCCUUCCAAAUGGACAGGUCCCUUUCCCUCACUCACUAUAGGAUUGACAGUCAGGAGGAUGGACCUCUAGGCUCAGGAACCCGAACCCACUGCGUCCCUCUAUAUUUUCUCCCAUUGGUCCUACCUAACAUCGCCCAUGAUACUACCUAAGUAAUUCAUUUCCGUGACAACCCAGGCAAUGGAGAGACUGAGUUCCAUCCAGAUUUAACAGCCUUUCCAGUGCAUUUUUCAGCUGUCAGCAACACCAAGUUACUUGAUUUCAUUUAUUCUUGUUGAACUUCAAAGGGAUUGGAAUCGAUACAGUGAACAGAUUUUGUCAGUCCUCCUGUGGCUGCCAGACAGAGAGUCUGGCUGUGAAUUUGGUCAGUAGCUCUGAUCUCCAUAUGAAAGCCUUGGAUCCCAUUUGUUUUAUUGCUACUUUUCCUUUCCUCAUGGCAUUUUUUAAUUAUUUGUUUUUAUUUGAAAACCAUUUACAUUCAUGUGUGGGUGUACAUUUACAGAUCAUUUCCUUUUUUAACUCCUUCUGCUUUGACCAUAAGACAUAGGAGCAGAAUUAGGCCAUUUGUACCAUCAAGUCUGCCUUGCCAUUCGAUCAGGGCUGAUUUACCCCUGCCAUCCAGGCCAUGCUCUCUUCUCGCUGCUACCAUCAGGAAGGAGGUACAAGAGUCUUAGGUUCCCACGCCACCAGGGUCAGGAACAGUUAUUACCCCACAACCAUCAGGCUCCUGCACCGGCGAGGAUAACUACACUCACCAUACUCUGCUCUGAUCCCACAACCUACAGACUCAUUUUCAAGGACUCUACAACUCAUGUUCCCAGUAUCAUAUUUUUUCCAUGUGCACAAUUUCUCUUCGUUUGCACAUUGGUUGUCUCUCCGUCUUUACUCGUGUAUAGUUUUUCAGAAAUACUGUUGUAUUUCUUUAUUUUCCUGCAAAUGCCUGUAAUAAGACCUAGAUAGUGUGCAUGUGGAGAAGAUAUUUCCUGUGGUGGAGGAUACUGGACCAGAGGACACAGCCACAGAAUAGAAGAAUGAGGAGGAAUUUCUUUACCCAGAAGGUGGUAAAUCUGUGGAAUUCAUUUCCAUAGGUGGCUGUGGUGGCCAAUUAUUGGGUAUAUUUAAAGCAGAGGUUGAUAGGGUUCUUGAUUAGUAAUGGCAUCAAAGGUUAUAAGGAGAAGGCAGGUGGCUGAGAGGGAUAAUAAAUUAUCCAUGAUGGAAUGGCAGAGCAGACUUAGUGGGCCAAAUAGCUUAAUUCUGUCUCUAUGACUUAUGGUCUUAAAUGAAUGUCCAGGUACCUUGGGUAUACAGCUUGUACUUUGAUAAUAAAUUUAUUUUGAAUUAUCUUGGAUUUAUUUUCCUUCUCCAUGUCCAUGCUGUCUAGCUCUUUCAAUAUUUGAUAGGUUUCAAUGAGAUCCCAACUCGUUCUUCCAAACUCCAAUGAGUACAGGCCCAGAGCCAUCAAAUGCAUCUCACGCCUUAACCCUUUCAUUCCUGGGUUAAUUUUCAUGAAUCUCCUCUUGAAUACCUGCACAUCCUUUCUUAGAUAUGGGGCUCAAAAGGGCCCUUUGGCUCCAGGUCAUCUCUCACACACACUGUUAGACUGGCAGCCUGCUCCCACACACCAUAUUUAACCGCCAACAGUGGCAUCCCAUGAGUCAGCCUUGGAGCUGUCAGCAUCAGGGAAAAGUUUAACGGUGAGUCGUGUAAUAAAAAAUACCGGAGUUACACAGCUAUGAACUCAUGUUCUGGGCUCUACCACUGUCAAAGGAGCCUCAGGUGCUGAUGGAGGUCAAAGGAAUAAAGUAAAAUCACCAAGGAUCCAUUCUUGGACUAUUCAGACAUCCCAGUGGUUCAGUCACUGGCUCACCCACCCAUUCCCAGAGACCCCAAUUCCUGUGUUCCCCUCAAACUCGCCUGGUUCACUAGAAAAUAUCAUUAUAAUUCCAGUAGAAUCUUAAAAAAUGUGAAUGCAGGUGUAUUGGUGGAUUUUGAAAUAUCAUCCAAUAGUCCAGAAUACCUGCAACCUGGCACCAUGGAAAUCCCAUGUGCACUGGGUUAUCAGUCUUACUGCUGUGUCAGGUUUAUUAUCUGUUGUCUUAUGGCAGCAGUGCAUUGCAAGAUAUAAAAAUUACCAUAAGCUACAAUAAAAAUGAAACCAAAGAAACAGAACUAAAAAGUGCAAAAGAGGAAUAGCAAAGUAGUGUUCAUGAACCUUUCGGACAUCUGAUGGCAAAGAGGAAGAAGCUGUUCCUAACACAUUGAGUACGUGUAUUCAGGCUCCUGUACCUCCUCCCUGAUGAUACCAAUGAGAAGAGGCCAUGUCCAGAGUGCUGAGUGUAUAUGUAAUGGAUAAUGCCUUCUUCAGGCACCACCUUGGGAAGGUUGUGCCUGUGAUGGACUUAGAUAGAUGGAUGGAGCUCCAACAACACUCAAGAAGCUCAAGGCUAUUCAGGACCCUACCUUACUCUAUCCACCACCCUAAACUUUCAUUCCAUCUACCAAUGCUGCAUAGUGUCUGUCAUCCACAAAAUGCACUGCAUUUACUUGCUGAGGUCAAUCUAUCAGUGACUCCAGGGCCCACAAACCUCACCAGAAUCAGAAUCACGUUCUACCAAGGCAGCAGGCACCAUGGAUAUGUAAAACUGCUUGAUCCUCUGAGAUCCCCCAGCAGGUUGUUUGUUGCUCCAGGUUCCAGCAUCUGCACAUCUUGUGUCUACAGCCAAUACCACUACCUGCAAAUUCCCUCUAAGACACAUUCCAUCCUUUUAGGUUCAGUAUUGUCACAUGUAGAAUGACGCAGUGAAAAGCCUCUGUUUGUGUGCCAUCCAGACAGAUCAUGCCUUAGAUAAUUUUCAUUUCUAUUAUCUAGAGUUAUGGCACUGUAACAGCCCAACUGGACUGCACUACCUAAAAUAGACCAAUGUAACCAAUUAACCUAAUGACCUGUGCAUCUUUGGAAUGUGGGAGGAAACCAGAGCACCCGGAGGAAACAUGCACUGUCACAGGAAGAGUGUGCAAAGUUCUACAGACAGCAGCGGGAAUUGAACCCAGUUCGAUGGUGCUGUAAUAGCCUUAUGCUAACUGCUAGCUACCAUGUCACCCUUCAAGAUAGUAAACAGGAUUACAGAAUACAGAUCAAUGAUAUGUAUUCUGAGAAAACACGAAGCAGGUAGUCAAGUAGAUUCAUGACAAGGUAGACUGGGAGAUCAAGAGUUCAAUCUUUAGCCAAUGAGAUUCUGAUAAUAGUGGGCCAGAAGAGGUCCUUGACUCUGCUAGUACCUGCUCUUGUCUGUAUUCUGCCUGAUAGGAGAAUUUUCUGUUUCUGGAGAGGAGACAAUAUGACUUUUUAAAUUAUUUUGCCACUGGUGCUGGUUCUGAAUCCCAGAAUUCCCUGUAGGAUCACCCUCAUCUGAAGAACAUCAGCAGUUCAGGAAGGCAUCACUGUCACAAGGGUAAUCGGGAAUGGAUAAUACAAGGCCUCAUAUGUGGCCUUGCCAGUAAUGCCCUCAUCCCAUGCAUGAAUGAAGAAAGUGACACAUCCUCGUGGUGAUAGUUAUAGUUAUGUGGGGUGGAGUUACAGUAAUACAUACAAUGCAGAAUAAUCACUAGUGUAAGUACUUUCCAGCUGCAGACUCUCUUCCUAAGACAGAACCCAGGUUAAGGAAAGAGUUGGUCGGGAUAAGCAACAAUGCAGUCAGGUCCAAUUAAGAUCCUUCAAGCUUUCUGUAGGUAACUGAGUGUGCAUGAAAUUUAAGACUAAACUAUGAUAUGAAUUUGAACAUAGAACAGUACAGCUCAGUAUAGGUCCUGUGGCCCACAAUGUUGUGAUGACGUUUUAACCUACUCUAAGAUCAAACUAACCCUUCUCUCCUACAGCGCCCUCCAUUUUUCUGUCAUCCAUGUGCCUAUCUAAGUCUCUAUUACAUCUAACUCUACUAUCACCCCUGGCAGUGCAUUCCACACUCUUCACCCUCUGCAUAAAAAACUUACCUCUGACAUUUCCCCUAUUCUUUCCUCUCAACACCAGAAACAUGUCCUCUUCUCAUUGCUACCAUUGGGGAGGAGCUACAGGAGCAUAAAUACCCACAGUUAAUGUUUCAGGAACAGCUUCUCCCCUCUGCCAUUAGAUCUAUAAACUUACGACGAACCCAUGAACACAACCUCACUACUUUUGUUCUCUUUUUGCACUACUUAUCUAAUCUAAUUUUCUUUCAUAUUUUACUUAUUGUAAUUGAUAGUAUUUAUGUAUUGCACUGUACUGCUGCUGCAAAACAACAAAUUUCACAGCAUUUCGUAAUAAUAGUCAUAAUAAACCUAAUUCUGAUCCUGA